GCGCCGCCGCCACCAUGAAGAAGCAAUUCAACCGCAUGCGCCAGCUCGCCAACCAGACCGUGGGCAGGGCUGAGAAGACAGAGGUUUUGAGUGAAGAUCUCCUGCAGGUGGAGAAGCGCCUGGAGCUGGUGAAGCAGGUCUCCCACAGCACCCACAAGAAGCUGACAGCAUGUCUGCAGGGCCAGCAGGGCCUGGACGCCGACAAGCGCUCGAAGAAGCUGCCGCUGACGACGCUGGCACAGUGCCUGAUGGAGGGCUCAGCCGUGCUGGGCGACGACUCCCUGCUGGGGAAGAUGCUGUGGCUGUGUGGGGAGGCAGAGGACAAACUGGCACAGGAGCUGAUCCACUUCGAGCUGCAGGUGGAGAGGGAUGUGAUCGAGCCCCUGUUUGUGCUGGCUGAGGUGGAGAUCCCAAAUAUCCAGAAGCAGAGGAAGCACUUGGCAAAGCUGGUGCUGGACAUGGACUCCUCCAGGACACGGUGGCAGCAGGCGGUGAAGUCCUCGGGUCUGGCUGGCAACCUGCAGCCCUCCGGCGCCAAGGCUGACGCGCUGCGGGAGGAGAUGGAGGAGGCAGCCAACAGAGUGGAGAUCUGCAGGGACCAGCUCUCAGCUGACAUGUACAGCUUUGUGGCCAAAGAAGUAGACUAUGCAAACUAUUUUCAAACUCUGAUCGAGGUGCAGGCAGAGUACCAUCGCAAGUCCUUGGCCCUUCUGCAGAACGUGCUGCCUCAGAUCAAAGCCCAGCAGGAGGCCUGGAUGGAGAAGCCGUCCUUUGGGAAGCCCCUGGAGGAGCACUUGGCUGUCAGCGGGCGGGAGAUCGCCUUCCCCCUGGAGGCCUGUGUGACCAUGCUGCUGGAGUGUGGCAUGCAGGAGGAGGGUCUCUUCCGAGUGGCUCCCUCAGCCUCCAAGCUGAAGAAGCUGAAGGCAGCCCUGGACUGCUGUGUGGUGGAUGUGCAGGAAUACUCAGCUGACCCACACGCCAUCGCAGGAGCCCUCAAGUCCUACCUGCGAGAGCUGCCCGAGCCCCUCAUGACCUUUGAGCUGUAUGAGGAGUGGAUUCAGGCCUCCAACAUCCCGGAGCAGGAGAAGCGGCUUCAGGCUCUCUGGGGUGCCUGCGAGAAGCUGCCCAAAGCCAACUACAACAACAUCAGGUACCUGAUUAAAUUCCUGGCCAAGCUGACCGAGUACCAGGACACCAACAAAAUGACACCAAGCAACGUGGCCAUCGUGCUGGGGCCCAACCUCUUGUGGCCACAGGCAGAUGGGAACAUGACGGAGAUGAUGACGACCGUCUCGCUGCAGAUCGUGGGCAUCAUCGAGCCGCUCAUCCAGCACGCAGACUGGUUCUUCCCUGGAGAUAUUGAAUUCAACGUGACAGGCAACUAUGGCAGCCCCAUGCACAUCAACCACAAUGCCAACUACAGCUCCAUGCCCUCCCCUGACAUGGAGCAGGGCGAGCGGCGGCAGCAUGACCCGGCGCGGCGGCCCCUCAGCGUGGCCACUGACAACAUGAUGCUGGAGUUCUACAAGAAGGAUGGCCUUAGGAAAAUCCAAAGCAUGGGCGUCAGGGUGAUGGACACCUCGUGGGUGGCUCGCCGAGGCACCUCGGGGCCGCGCAAAGCCGCGUCCGCCCCGCCUCCCGCGCUGCCCCCCGAGCUCCCCGUCACCCCCCACUCGCCCAUUCCCGAGCAGUCGCCGGAUAUUUCAGCCACCCCUUCCCCACCUCCACCCACCUUCGGCUUCCCCCCGGCAGCUGAACGGACAAGCACUUUAAAGCCCAAGGAGCCCCCCCCCGGUCCGCCCGCCACCCCCGCCGAGCAGAGCCCGCACGCCCCGCGCAAAGUGGCCAAGAAGCUGGCGCCCAUCUCUCCGCGGGCGGCCGCGGGGGAGCCGGGGGGAGGGCAGCCGUCCCCCGCCAGCCUCUCCCCCACGCCCCCCAGCACUCCCUCCCCGUACGGCCCCGCCGCCCCCCCGGGGCCCGGCCCGCCCGCCGCCCAGACCCCCCCCGCGCCUCCGCCGCCGCCCCCUUUCCUGCCGUCCCCCGCCAGCGCCGCCCCCAAGGGCCGCCCCCCCGCCAAGGGCCGGCCGCGGCCCGCGCUGCCACCCCCCCCGCAGCCGCCCCUGGCCGCCCCCGGCCUCCCCCCGCCCCCCGAGCUGCCCCGCCGGGACGCCGCGGGCCCCGGGGACAGAACGCCGACAGGUCUGCUCCGUUUUGAGGUCCCUCCCCUCCACGUCCCCCCAGACGCCGCCCUGGGCCGGGACGUGCAGGCGGCACCGCAGAGACUCCCGGGCGCCCGGCCGGAGGAGGAGGAGGAGGAUUCGGAGAGCACGGCGCUAUGA